AUGUUUGAGAGGAUAAGGGAGUGUUUMUCAGGGGAGUGGGUGAGGCUGCUGGACUAUGCCACGAGUAAUGGUGGUUUAGAGACCUUGCCUGAGCUGCAGGUGGUGCUUGGGGAGUCUGCGCGGGCCUUAUCCACUACCUGGGCGAGGGCCAUCUACUGGGUUCUUCUUACCAGGAAGGUCAAGGAGCCUGUGUCUGAGAAAGCAGCCAGCCGAGCCGAGGUCAAGCCAAAAGAGCGGGCCGAGCGGGCGGACAGCAAGGAACUGGACCAGUACACCUUUGUAGCCUGGAAGAAAGAAGCCAAAGCCACCUCCCACACCCACACCCCUGCACCUGUACGCCCCAGCACCUUACGCCUGAACCCCCCCGAACCAAUGGAUGACAGGAACGGCCAUAAUGAGGUCCUGGGUCCAGGCAAUCUGGUUCGCUACAGCCAACAGGGCACCAUCAAGGAGAAGGCAGAGAAAUGGAAGGGGAAGAAGACUGAUGGACGACAACCAGAGUACACCAGUCCUGACGACCACAGCAAGGACAGGAGGAAAAAUCAUUCACCGAGUGGUGGAAACUCUCUUGAUACGGUGUCCCCUGGCUCGGACAAUUCUGGUGCCACUUCCAACAGAGAGGUAACAUUGCUAUACUAUUAUAACCACCAUUUCUUUGGGGAAAAAAUCWUAUUUUUUCAUUUUGCUUAUAUUUAACUAGGCAAGUCAAUUAAGAACAAAUUCUUAUUUACAAUGAUGGCCUACUAAGAGGCAAAAGGCCUCCUAUGGGGGCAAAGUAAAACACAUCGACAAGAGACACCACAACAUGGUAGCAGCACAAACACAGUACAAACAUUGUUAGGCACAGAUAACUGCACGAAGGGCAAAAAGGUAGAGACAACAAUACAUCACCCGAAGCAGCC